AUGAUGAUAUCCGGGCUCCAUCUAAGACUGUCCUGUUUCUUCUUUACAUAUAGCAAACACCGCGAGCGCAAGGAGAAGUAUAUAAAGUCCCUCGAACAGGAGCUGCUUCGUCUUCGGCACGAGCGAGAGUCUGUCUCGAGUGAUAUCAACCGAUUCACGUCGGAAAACAGCCUCCUUCGAGAAAUCAUGCGGGCACACGGUAUCCAGAUGCCACAGACGAGGCCGCGAGACCGGCUGGCCAAGGUCACUGUCGUCGGCGAGCCUGGCUUCGGCCAGCGCCUGCAGGUCUCCCUUGACGAAGGGGAGGACAAGAUACCCAAUUUCUACCCAGAAGGCUUCGGAGUGUCCUUCACUCAGAAAGUCCUGCACAAGGCAGCAGACCUCUUCACCUCGCCGCAGAUUGAAGACCAGAUUGCGCCGGAUGAGCCUCGACCAGAGCAUUUCAACGCCGACCUUCAGAUACGGCCGAAGAACGACCCAGGCGGAUGGGGAUAUGAACCCCCAGUUGCCGUACAAUCCCAUCCGUACCAUUUUGAUUCGACCCAGGUGGCAGUUGAUUUUGUUUUAUUUCUUGAGCGUUGCUGUUUACGCCACCGUAUGCUUGGGAAGCAGGGAUUCUCAGGACAUGCGCUCACCCUCCAGGCGCCACUGCUUGUUGGAACCCCUCCGGUUCUUCAGAACCAGUCUACGUGGGAAGUACCUGCUAGCGAGAUCGAGAGGCUGUUUGAGCUUGCAGGGGCUCUGAACCUGGACGGUGAGAUCACACCGGUGCAGGCGUGGCGGCUUAUUAGCGACCACCCUAAGUUCUACAAGUUGGAUCCCGCAGGUUUACAGAAGAUAAGCGAAGGGCUUGUCAGAAACAUCCAUUGUUUUGGAUUCGGGGCUAUCUUGGACGAACAGACAUCCAUCAAUAUCGUGGAGAAAGUCUAUGCUUCGUUAUAA